GGGGAAUGGCGUUAGUAUCAAAUUUCUGCAAAGCAAAGUAAACACAUUUGGCGCCAGGAAUUGUUGCAUUUAUUCGAUUAAACUAUAUAAAUAGGAAGAAAUGCGAACUGUUACAGGACCCGAUCACACAAUAGACUUGAAUGAGUCCAUCCAGUGCUACGAGAUAUGCGCAAAUGACUUUGCCUACAACCUCAUCGCAGUGGCGCUGGAAAAACGCAUCUGCUUGCUUGUGGUUGGACUGCCGGAGGAGAGCUGCGAGUUCUUGUGGCAUCAUCUGCAGGACUUGGAGCUGGCUGAAAGAGAUGCACGCUGCGUCAAUUCCAUAGCCUUUUCUCCGGACACUUCUCUGAACAGCACUCCUAACAAUGUGACUUUUUGCGCCGCCCUUGGCAGGGAUAUGAUGAUAUUUCGCACGGAUGUCAAUCAGUACAACACGGUGGACACCUUGCGUGGACACACCGACUACGUGAAUGACAUAUCCUGGGUGUGCGAAGGAGAGUUUCUGGCCUCGGUCAGCGAUGACUUUACGUGCCGCUUCUGGAGCACCGCCGCAGUGGCCGAGAACGUCAUCACCUUCUGCUUGUCCUCGGCGGGCAUGUCGAUCAAAAGCCAUCCAGAGGAUAGCGAAAAGGUGCUUGUGGCCGAGAAGAGAGGCAUCAUCCAUCUCUACAAUGUAAGACAGAAGCAGACGGUUCUGUCCGUGGAAUCGCCAAAGUUUCCCCUGAUGUCCGCUGAUUGGGCCCAGAGCAAUCGCUUGUUUGUCUCUGCUCUGGCGGGAGGUGAUGUCAUCACCUGGGACCUCAAUCGUCCAUUUGUGCCCGCCGACGUCAAGCAGAUCCAUGAGGAUGGUGGCCGCGUGGUUCGCUUUGCGCCCGGCAGCUCAGACAUGAUCCUGGCCAGCAUCGGACGCCCAGGUUUAACGCUCAAAGUGUUUGCAGCAAAGUCUACGGUGCCGCUGCUUGAAACUGAUUUGAAAACGUAUGCAGGAUUGGCCUGGCAUCAACGAUUGCCUUACAUAAGUGCGGCGUCUGACAGGAAAUUGCUGUUCUGGAAAGUACAAAUGAAAUAGAUCAAACAAAUAAAAAAAAAAACUGCAUUUAAAAUUAAAUUUGUUUUCUGGUAU